CGAUGAAAAUUUGACUGAAGUUGUGAAAAGUCACGAGAUCCAGGAGACCGCACAAAAAUGAGCCUCCUUGGGGACAGCGGCGUUUUGCAAUGUUACAAAUAACAGCAUGCAUUUUCCUGUGCUGUGAUUGGCUGAUACUCGACAAGCGGGAUUCUUGAAAUGAGAGAACCGAAAACGUUCGCAUUCGCGAGUCUAUCACCACAAAGCUAAAAGGUUGGCUAAAGGAAGAACUAAAACAACUCUACAUUUACACAGUUGAAGUACUGUCCACUUGGCGCUGGUAGCCACGUUUAAGAGUAGUUUAUCGUUGUAUUUUCUUAGUUUUCUGCCUGGCAGUUUUGUAUUACGCCUUUGAAUUUGCAGUCGUUAGUUCAAACCUCAACCGCUUUCCGUGUGAAAAUGUCGUUGGCGUUUCGCAUCACAAACAACUUCCAGGAUAAUGCAGAUAGCAACGCUUUAAAGAAAGCUAAGAUGGAAGAUGGACAAGCCAGAGCAACGCAGCAAGGACAGAAACGAGCGGCUUUGGGCACAAUAACGAACAACGCUGGGUUGAGAAUUCAGCCAUUUCGCGCAGCCAAACAACAGGCUGGCUUGGCCGGUUCUUCGUUUUCCGUCGGAGCUGCCAAGAACGACGAAAAUGCAUUCAGUCGUGCACAACAAAAGACCGCCUUCGCUGUACCGACAACUGCACAGCAAAGUUUCACCAUUCACGUAGACCCCGAGCCAGUUCUCGCCCAAAGUUCAGCAUUUAUCACGAGCUCCACAGUACAAGAACUGAACCCGGCCUUAACAUCCCUUUCACGACCUGCUUUAACAAAUGUGUUCGUCGGAAACGGAGCCGGGGAAGAAGGUGAGCUCGCAACAGGGGACUCGCCUAUGGUCAUAGACUCUAGCGAUGACGAGGACUUGGACUGCGCGAAGGAAACAGCGCCAGAAAUACACGACAUCGAUAGCGGCAACGACAUCUUUUCCUGCUCGGAAUAUGCUUCAGAGAUAUUCCAAAACUUGAAGCAAUCAGAGCUCAAGAACAGGCCCAAAGCUGGUUACAUGAAAAAACAGUCCGACAUCAACCACAGUAUGCGUGCAAUCCUGGUUGAUUGGCUGGUUGAAGUUGCAGAAGAAUACAAACUUUUACCUCAGACGCUUUACUUAACAAUAAACUAUAUUGACCGUUUCCUGUCUGUCAUGUCAGUGUUACGGGGAAAGCUUCAACUGGUGGGAACUGCAUGUAUGUUAGUAGCAGCCAAGUUUGAGGAAAUUUAUCCACCUGAUGUGUCAGAUUUUGUCUUCAUCACUGAUGACACUUACACUACUAAGCAGGUUCUGAAAAUGGAAUCUCUCAUUCUUAAGACUUUAGGAUUUUAUAUUUGUGUACCAACAAUAGUAGAUUUCCUUGAAAGAUUUUUAAAGGCUACAGAAUGUUCUGAGUCAGAGAGUCCCAAAGUUGAAGCACUAGCAAAGUAUCUCUGUGAGCUUUCAAUGCUUGAAGCGGACCCUUUUCUCAAUUAUCUUCCAUCAACAAUUGCUGCCAGUGCUGUUGUUUUGUCUCUUCAUACUCUUGGACUUCAAUCAUGGAAUCCAACAUUGUCUCACUACACCGGAUUCCAACAUCUUGAUCUGCAAGCAUGUAUCCAUGAUCUUCAUCGUGCAUUCAGCCAUGCACCGAAACAUCCUCAGCAAGCUAUUAGGGAUAAAUACAAGCAGUCUAGGUAAGAACAGUCAAGUGUGUAGACAAGGGGGCGGGGGUGUUCUCUAAUCUUUUUGCCAAGCCUGAAAUAGAAUAACUUAAUUAAGUCGGCCUUGAAAGGAAAAGCGUUGCCACACUAAAGGAAAAACUGAAAAUAACUUUCGUUUUCAAGGUCGCAAAGAAAUAGUUACACUAAUUGGAUAGAGAAGUUCAAAGUUGGGUGUUUCUUUUAUGUAGGGCAUAGUGACCAUUGUCAAUGUUGAAGUCGUACUGUGGCCUAUGAAAAUAAUUAACUGUUUCAACUUCCAAGAACAACAAUAACAACAAGCAAAUUCAAAGCAACAAUUAUUUGAUGUCUUGUGGUUAAGGUAUUUGUUUCCUUCACAGAGCUUCCUUAUAGGUACAUUGUAAAGGCAAAUACCAACCAUUGAGGUAUACUUGUCAAGUAAAGGAGGGCCAAUAUCCAGGAGAGGGAGGGGU